AUGAAAGUGGAGCAUAAAAAUAUAAGAAGGAUUGUCUCUAUAGCAUUAUCUCGAAUUGGAUAUCAUAUAGGAUACUAUCCUCAAAUAUACGUUGCAGCUUUCUUUAUAAUGUCACUCGUUUUAGGAACCGGACUGUUAAAUAUUCCACUACAGAAGGAUGUAGAAUAUCUUUAUAUUCCAUCCAAUGCAAGAAGCAGGAUUGACAGAGCAGCUAUUGAAUCGAUUUUUCCAGUUAACAUGUCACAAUGUGAUUACAGAAGAAUAUCAAGAUUAGAUGCAGCCGCAGUAGUAAUUGUUACUCCUAAAAACGGAACAUCUGUAUUGAAGGAAUCAAUAAUUGAAGAAGUCAUAAAACUAGACGAAAUUAUAAGAAACGUCACUAUCAUUUGGAAUAACACAUUCCUACGUUACUCGGAUUUGUGUUGUAAGACGGAGAGAAAUAAAUGCCAUGAAAAUUUUGCUUUGACUCUGCAAGGAAAAACAAAUAAUAUCAAGAAAGCCAUACAUAACAUCAAGUAA